AUGGAAAUAGACAAUGAGUAUCCUGAUUAUAAGUCCCAAGACAACAAUGAAAUAUUUAUUCGCCAGACAUUGUUAAGUUCUCCCCUAAUUACAAACAUUAUCCCUAAUUUUAAGGUUCAAACUAAUAAACCUUUCAAAGGAGUCACCAGUAACUUGUUCAAUGAUGAAGAAUUUCAAGUAUUGAUACCGAGAGAAGAACCAGAUUCUCAAUUGGAUGCAUUCAGCGAUAGCGAAGAAGAUUUAAUCUUGCAUGGUGAAGAUGACAUUCCCAUGGCAACUCAACAGACACGACAACAGCAAACCAAUAUACAGCACGUUCAAGUUAUAAUACGACAUCUGUCUUUACUUAUAGAUGGAAUAGAGUUCUCGGCAAAGACCGAAAUUAGAUCUUCUUGUGUUAUAAAGGGUGCUACUGACGAGGAGGAUUUGCUAUUUAUAUCACUCAAAUCAAAUUACUUACUCCUAAUCCGAUUAUAUUACGUUCCCAGACAUUACAAAGACGACGACUAUCAUUUUCAGUCUCUUUCACAUGUUAAAGACGAAGGUAACUCGAUUUUCAAACCUUUUGUUAUACAAUGGUGGGAGACUUCAAGUUUUAACAAUUCUCCGGAUUCCUGUUCUGGGUACAUGUUACGGUCAUCGCCCUCGGGAUUAUCGACGGUUUCUUGUUCCAGUUCGAAUUCAUUCAGGUUAUAUUUGACCCUGCAUUCCAAAAAUGGCACUAUGUUAAAGAAUCAUGUAAAUAUUGAAACUCAAGGAACGCUACUUGAUGCCUGUUUUAUACAACUUGACAGUCCAACGGAUAUGUUUAUGACAUUGAUAUUUACUGAACAAAGAAGACUAAUUAUAAAUUUAUUUUCUUGGUUAAAUUAUGAAGGGUUAACGCAAAGUUUUUCGAAAUCUACCUUACCUUUGGAUAAUACUUUUGAAAUACCAGUUUUUGUAAUACCCUUAAAGAAUAAUGGAAGUUUCCUAUUUGUAUCACAAACAAAAUUCACAAUAGUGACCAUUCAUGAUAUCAUUUCGGCGGAAUAUAGCUUUAAUUCAAUAGCUACUAAAUGGGAAUCGUGCUUUCCUACCAGUUUUUAUGUGCCAGAAAUCAAGAUAACACUUUUUGAACUAGAUAAAUUAGAUGAAGUGUUGAUUUCAACUGACAGUGGUGUGAUUUUUUCAAUAGUUAUAGCUGAUAAUAAGUUCAUUGCCCAGGAUCCAAUUGCUAGAGUGUCAGAUAAUAUUUCCGUCUUUUCAUUGGAACCAGAAACCAACCACACAUAUAGACUAAUCUUUGCUAGCGAUAAUGGUUCAAGCAAGGAAGUGGUAUUAUCAGGUACAUUCACUAAGGAAUAUUUGUAUGAAGUCAACAAUCUCAGUAAAAUUGGUUAUAGCAAUUUCAAAUUGAUUAAAGAUUUCAAAAAUUGGGCACCACUAAUGGACAUAGCAAUAAUUGAAACUUAUAACCGACCACGGAAUUCUCAAUUACCCUCAAGACAAGAAAUUUGGGGUAUAAGUGGAACUCCCAAGAAAUCUAAGCUUAGUCAAUUUCGUCAUGGUUAUUCUGCAACAAAGAUUACAGGCACCUUUGAAAAACUUCGGAAAGCUGAUAAAUUGUUUGUUUUCACAUAUAAUGAAGUUCCUUAUUUGCUUUGCUCUUUGCCAUUUGAAUCUAUACUUUUAGAGACUCCCCAACACGACAAUGACGCUUUUGCUGAAAUCUCAAAUCCUAUCAUCACCAUUCAAGAACAAACCAUUUUUGCUACCGAUAUUAUUACAAGUAGCGGUUCUGUUAUUUUACAAGUCUGUCCUUCUCAUAUGAGAAUAACAAAUUUGAUAGAUACAUACUCAACCAAACAAUUUCCGUACCGAGUCUUUGAAUGUGGGUUCCAUGGAGGAUUACUAAUAAUGUUGGCUGAAACAACCAACAAUAUAAUUCAAUGCGUUAUUUGGAAAUUAGAACUGGACAUUGAUCGUACGUUUGAAUCACUAGAACCCAUACUUGUGAAACCCAUUCCUCAUGAACCAUCAGCCAUGAAACUCCUCUCUGCUGAAAAUAACACCUAUAUAAUUAUUGGGACAUUCGAAGGUCAGUUGGUGACAUAUUGUCUUCAAGGUGGCGAUAUCCAGGAAGUAUAUAACUUUCAGUUAAGUGAUAUCUGUCCCUACAAUCCUAUGGAUAUUAUUUCCUUAGAAUUAAUCAUUCCUAAUGAUUUUCACAUAGUGAAUAAUUCCUUGUUUAUCGGUACAAAGGAAGGAUAUUUGAUUCGUUUAGAAAUGAAUCAUAAGUUCUCUUUAACUCAGUUUCUACGAAUUGGUGAAUCAAAUGUCAAAUUUUGUCCCCUGGGAGAUAAUAAUUUUUUGUUUAUUCAAUGUAAAGGAUUAUGGUUACUAAAUCAAUAUGAAUCAGUGUACCCUAAACUUGUUCAUUUUGAUGAUACAUUUGAAAGAACAAUUAGUGCCCUGGUGGAACUAUCUUCAUCAGAUACGAAUAAACGAAAGCUUGUUUUAGUUCGAGACAAUGGACUUGUCCUUACCAAAGUCUCCACUUUUACUGAAUCGGCGAUUAAGCAGAUUUCAAUCACUGAAAAUGCAAAGAAAUUGAUUUAUGUGGCACAUAUUUCCAUGUUCUUGGUUCUUUGCAAAUCAAAAUCUAGCAAAAAUAGAAUUAGGUGUGUUGAUAGAAAAUCGGUGAGGAUAAUGACCCACAGAGAAUCAACUUUAAAGAGUAAGAACACUGAAGAUCAAAUCUUUGCCAAGAACGAGUUUCCAGUAUGUGGGUGUGUUUGGGAAGUUGUCAGAGGUAAACUGAAAAUAUCAAGAAAGAUACUUGUUGGGUGUUCCAUCACCGCUGAAACAGGUAAUGAGCAUGGUUCAGUAAAAGUUCUUGAUUUUAAAAAGGCUAAAUUACAGGAUGGAUCAACGAUAAUGUCGGUUGUAGAAUUGACUACAUUUGAACAUGAUUCGCCAAUUACAAAUAUCCAACAACUGGAACAAUUGAUCUUGUUCACUAGCGGCAAGAACAUCUACUAUACAGGUUAUGAUGAGAAUGAGAAGCGAUUCACACCAGUAAAACUUCUUGAAGUUUUACCAAGUACAAUUGUUUCCUUGAAUAUAUCCAAUGAUAAAUUGUUCAUUGCGACUAGAUUUGAUUCAAUUUAUCAAUUUAAAGCACCCAAGUCAGGUAUGCCAAUCUCAUAUGUGGCGGGCGACCCAUUGCCUAAUCACUUCAUAAAUCAAAUUGAAUAUAAAUCGAAAAUCAUAGCCAGUGAUAAACUUUAUGGAGCAGUUUCUAUUAUUGAUGUUAAUGAUAAGAAAUAUUCCGCGGAAAGAAUGUCCUAUAAGUUGUCAAAUAUCCCUCGGGUUUACCUUGCUAAUUUGAAUAAUAAUUGGAAUCAAGAUAAUACGUGUACGAUUCUUUGUAUUGGGAUAAAUGGAGAAAUUAUAAGUUUGAGGUCUGUCCCUAAAAAGGGUAAGGAAUUGACUGAGUUGAACAAUAGGUUGAGACAGGAUUCAACUAGUAUUGUCACCUGGGAAAAGGUGAUUGAAAAGUUAUCCAUACCAUUUGCCAAUAAAGUAGGUGGUACUGGGUUAUUCUCUUUGAACAAACCUAUAUUUGACUACAAUGAAAACAGAGGAAAAUUCAUCGAUUACGAUUUAUUGGAUAUUUCUACCAUUAGCACAUCCAAAAUAAGUUUAUAAAUAUUAUAUUACCCUAUAGAAAUGAAAAUAUAUAACAACACUCGUCUAAUUAACUACUCCCGUUGUUAUUAUCUGACUCCAAGUCUAAAUCUCCAACAGCAGUAAGUUUCUUUCGUAACCUUUCUUGCCUAAAUUUCUGAGCUGACGAGAUUUUCUCAUCAAGGUGUUCAUCACUUCCUCCUCUAAGUUCUUGUAAUAAAUUCUUGGCUCUUGCUCCAAAUUCUACAUCGCUAGGUGACACUUCACCAUCUCUCUUCUUAAUAGGCGAAGACCUAUUGCUACCAUCAUCCUCAUUCAGAUCAUCACCAUUUCUAGCCGGUGAAGCAGGAGAUUUGGAAUCUUCAGCAAGAUGCUUUCUCAUUAACGCCCUUCUUCGAGCUGAUAUUGCUUCUCCCUUUGGUGGACCAGUUGCUUUCAACUUCUCUAAAAGUGAAUCCAUGACAUCAUUAUCAUCGCCAUCGUCAUUGGAAUCACCGUCAGUGCCAUUUGCUGAAGAUGAUGCCUUUCUUGGAGCUUCAAGUAAUUUCUUUCUUUGUUCAUAAAUACGAAUUUCUUCUUCACGCUUCAAGUUUUCAGUUUGCACUCGCUUGAAAUCCUUGAUGAAAUUAGCAAAUUUAGACAUGAAUGAAUUCUUUACAAAUUGAUCACUUGGAUCUUCACCGAAAUAAAUCAUUAAAUCGUCAAACUCUUUCAAGGUAUAGUUUGAUUGGUCAAUUAACAAUUCUCCCUUUUUCUUGGCUCUAGGUAAAACUGGUAAAAUCACCUUCAAAAUACGAUCAAGUGGAUGGAAUUUGGAUAUAUCGCUGAGAUUACCAACAUCAAUUGAACUUUGAACAUUCUUCAUGGAUUGAUUAUAUUCAGUACAAUCGGACUUGAUGUUUUCAAUUGAGAAUUUUGAAACCUCGAUACACUUGCUUAAUUCUUCCAUAAAUUCCAAUAAUUCAGGAUACUGAGUUCUAAUAAUCUUUUCAACGUAAUGCAAGAACGUCAUACUAUUCUUGUCAUCCUUCAUGAAACUUAAUCGUUGUAAAGAACUCAACUUAAAACCUUGAGCUUGUUUAGAUGAAUCAUUCAUAUAAUUACCAACAGUCAAAAUAAUUUCAAACACUUGCUUCAAGUGCUUGGAUUCUUUUAUACCUUGUACUGCAUCACCAAUCAACCUCAACUUAGAAACCAAAUCUUCAUAAUCUUUUUCAUAAUUAGUAAUAACUUUCAAAGCUCUCAUUCUUGAUUUCCAAUAGUGUUGUAAGUUAUAAAUUAAUUCCAAAUAUAUUCUCUCGGGUCUUUCUAAUUCAUUAGGAUCUUUAUCAGGUUUGGAAACUUCGUCAACGGUGUAAUCAGUUGAAUAUGGUUCGAGGUUUCUAGCUAAACUAUUAGAUACUUCCACAAUUUCGUCCUUGGAAAAGAAUUCUAAAACUGCUUGGUUGUGUAAAACAUCUCUGUCACAUCUCAAUAUCUUAGUAACCAACUCUUCAUCUGACAAUGAACUGAAUGCAUGCAAAUUAAUGCUAAACUGUUGAGCAAUAUCACGAGGCAUAAAUGAAACCUUCUCAGUCUCGUCUUUCUUCUUGGUUGCCAAUUUCUUGACUUCCUUAGCCGCAAAAAUCAAUUCUAUCUCAUCAAACACUCCUCUUUCCAUUAAAUCAGAUGCAAGUGUAUGAACAUUAGGAUCUUUCCAGAAUGAAUUCUUGGCUUGUCCAUCGUCUAAUUUCUCCCAGUGUAAUUGUUUCAAUUUCUUCUUUGGUCGAGGAAUAUUGUCAAAUAAGGAAUUAUGUCGAGAAGCAAUUGGAUCAGGGAUAUUUUUAGGCAGAUUUGGAAGUGGAAGUGGUGGUGCUGGUGG